AUGUCAUUAAAGUGUAUGCCAAUUUUAUUCAUUAAUAUGAGUGGUGAAAUGGCUUAUAUUUUACAUCAACGACUUCAGGCACAGAAUGUUGGUCUGAGUAAAAGUACAAAGGUGUUGAGUGAUAUUCUUUAUACGAUGUUCAACAAGAACUUUAUGGAAGAGCUGUUCAAGCCGCAGGAGAUCUACUCAAGAAGGACGAUGCGUUCGUUGUUCGAGAAACUUGCACAUUCAAGUAUUAUGCGGCUCAAUGGGACCAGGUAUGGGCUGGAUUAUUGA